AAGACUCCACCAUCUUUGUGCGUGGCAAAAGGGAGGUGGAGGGGAACGGAACGGGGUCUUUCCCCGUUAGCCGCCCCUCGGCAGCCGCCUACGAUCGGGAUGCUGGUGGCGUUCCCCGCACAACGCUUUCAAGGGAGCACCCUGAGGGAUGCCCAAGAAGUUCCAGGGCGAGAACACCAAGUCGGCUGCUGCCCGCGCGAGGAAAGCCGAGGCGAAGGCAGCAGCCGAUGCCAAGCGGCAGAAGGAGCUGGAAGAUGCCUUCUGGAAGGAUGAGGACAAACACGUCAUGAGGAAGGAACAAAGGAAGGAGGAGAGGGAGAAGCGCCGGAUGGAGCAGCUGGAGCGCAAGAAGGAGAUGCAGCGCCUGCUGGAAGAGGAAGACGCGAAGCUGAAAGGGAAGUUACCGAAACCACUCACCCCAGGCAAGAUCACCAGGGCUCAGAUUGAAGAGACCAUCCGGAAAGACCAGCAACAGAAGGAGAACGGAGAUGAAGUGGAGAAGCAGAAGAGCCACCUGGAUGUUCCCUUGGAGGAAAACAUCAACAGAAGAGUGUUGGAGGAAGGCACCGUGGAAGCCAGAACUAUUGAAGAUGCCAUUGCAGUCCUCAGUGUUGCUGACGACCUGGACCGUCACCCAGAGCGCCGGAUGAAAGCUGCCUUUGCCACGUUUGAAGAGAUCAACCUGCCACGCCUGAAGCAGGAGAACCCCAACAUGCGCCUCUCCCAGCUCAAGCAGCUCCUCAAGAAGGAGUGGAUGAGGUCCCCAGACAACCCAAUGAACCAGAGGCACAUGACCUACAAUAGCCAAAAAUAGAACUGGAAAGAAGUCAGCCCAUCCCCCCCGAGGACGGGGCUGAGCCCUAGGGCUUCCUUCAAACACGUAAGAAAACAAAGCCACCCACGGAACCUCGCUCCAUUUAUUCCCCCACCCCCGCUCCAUCUCUUUUGUGCCCUGUUGUUGGACUCCUAAUUAAACAUGAGGCUUCCUGAUCCAAACAGAUGUGUGCAGCUCUUCUCGGGGUGCCCAGGGAGCCUGGCUCCCUGAUCUUGGCUGGAGCCUUGCCCACUGCAGAUGUUCUGAAACUGUCCGUUGCAUACAGACCUCUCCGGAGCAGCCCCGUUUUUAUAUCCUUAGACGGCUGGGCCAAAGCAACCCGGAUGGAUUAACUCAACCUUUAACUUUUACAAUCCUGGUGGUCAUUUUAGAAAGGUCACUCCUGCCCACCCUGCAGAGCUGAGAGUAUUGUACCAAAUCGGGCACUCCCAGCGCCAUCCGUGACUGUCUAGACACCUGAGCUGCCUCGCACCACGUUUAACCCCCUCUCCCCUCUUUUUAUCCGGUCUCUGCUGUAGCUGCCCUAAGACCUUUGCAAGAAUCCUCUUGCAGUGCUGAGCUGGUGACAGGUGGCACGAGAACAGUGCGAAGAAGGCAGGUCAGGCAGCGCUAGGUGGUUCUGGGAGGAGGUGAUGGGCCAGGAGCGGGUUUAACCCUAAUGGCUAGGCCACCAUCCUGCCUGCUGCUGCCCACUGCUGUUCCCUCGGUGCCAGCCAGUGACCCCAGCGGGGGGAAGUGGAACCGGAGGCCGUGGACAGGAUUAGCGGAAACUCUUCCAGCGCAGCCACUUGUCGCUCUCUGCCCUCCCUCCCAUCUCCAAGGGCAAAGCAAAGGGCCCUGCUGGCCUAGCCCAGUGCAGUUGCCUCCCUAACGCUGCAGAAUGUCCGGUGCUAUCGCGUCUCUGUGCAGCCCACGUGCGGGAAUCCUAGCGCUUCGCCGCAGGACGGGGACUUCAGAGAACACCCCUGAAGAGCAAUCUCCAGCAGGGCAGGCUGGGGCCUCUUGUCGCCCGGGGUGCGUUUCCCCCCCGCACGGGGAAUGUGGAUCUUGCACCCUGGCAACUCAUGCAAGGGGUCAAAAUGACUUUCUCCCCCCUUCUGCGUGAAGGCACCAGUUUGCCACCCUGCUCUGUGCUGCCCCAGACCCAGCCCUUUAAACUCUGUUCGCUGGCCCAGUCAGCAGUGGCGUUGUGUUUUGUUAAGUCCUAACCUUCUCCCUUCUGCAGUAUUGGAGCUAGGUGGUAAAAUAUCCACCGUGAAACCCAAGGCUGAGAAUUCCCCUGCGAGCCGUGCAGUGCUCCUGGGAACAGCAGCCGUGCCGCUAAAAGGGCUUAGCACCAGGGGCCUAACAUGGAAUUCUAGUCCUCACAUCAAACAUACAACGCUGACCUCCCCCCAGUCCCGCCACACUGUGUUCUACCACCUCCUUCUGAAAUGAAAACCGAACAAGGCUGAGCCAGGCCCAUCACCCUGACUUCGUGCUUACGCUUUGAUUGCAAUCAGCUCUAGCCCCUCACCUGUGCAACGUCUCUGGCAUGUCAGGCCUAGGCUGCUGUAAUCUGGCAUUUAAUCCUGACCCGCUAGCUGGGUGAACCAGGAGCCUGUGCUCCCCCGGUGAUGACAUUCUUUGAGAGCCAGCUGAUAACCCCGACUUCCACCGCCCCCUACCACAAAGCACCAGCCUGUAGGCAGCCUCCCCUAACUUCUUUGGGUAAAUCUGUGCCUGCCGUGGAUGGAAAUCUGACUACACAGGUCAGGGUUAGGGCUGGCCUCCAUUGCAGUAGGAAGAGGUAGGGAGGUUUUUUGUGGAGUCCUUUGUUGCCAGACUGCAGGGGUGGGGAUUUCCUUUAAUGGCAGUAAACACAGAGGGGAAGCUCCCCACCCGCUGCACUGAUUGGGGUGGCCUAAGCCGUGCCCGCUUGCUGUUGCGUUUGAAGUGGCUGCUCAUGCCCUGUGGUGGCUCUGGUCGGAGCUCGGCGAGACAGGCAGGUUUGCAUCGAAAACCCUUUUCGCUGCCGCUCACCUACUGCUUUGGCUUCAUAUCCGGCCAAGUAUUCUUCACAUUAACCUUUGCUCUCUUCACACCCUACUCAGACUUGCUUCAGAAACAGAGGAUGCCCCAAACCCUCCUGCCCCUUCCACUGUCCCCAGGAGUUCAGAGAAAUCUUUCCCUCCUUUUAGUGUGAAAAGCUCCUAUUUUUGUUUUAAUCUAAUAUUAAAAGUGGAAAUCCCAACCUGUAAACUAUUGAAGAAAUAAAGCCUGUGAAUCAUG